AAUCCCGCCCUUCUCGGAAGUACCAACCAAGUGCUUUGGACUUCCUCUUCAUACGCUCUCGUACCCACGGGUUGUAUUCUUCUCCUCACAGACCUGAAACGAGUUCACUGUAAAGAAGCAGAAGGAAAGAAAAACACAUUUUUCCAUCUUUGGCACCAUGUCUAUUGACUGAGUUUCGCCAUUUCAGUCUUUCGUUGACUGAAUGCCUCUCUGUCGGAUCACUGGACAAUAGACAGUCUGUCUGCCCGCUGCAGAAAACAACUUCGCCUUCAGUGGGGCAACCUCCCGGUGUGUUCUUUUCUGGGUUUCAGAACUUUCCAGUGAUCCUGAUGGCUGCAUACGAGUGGGACGACUGGUUCGAACGGGAGGAGUUCAUUGGACAAAUAAGCGACAUGCGAGUGCAGAACCUCCAAGAUCUGUGGAACUGAUCAUUGAUGACUUGGUCCAGCUCCGGUGACUCCUCCAUUGCAUCAUGAACAGUGAUCCCAUCUUCCUUACACAGCAUAUCAUUCUCUGUGAGCAUUUGUGUAAUCCGCCCAUUGAAGUCCAAGAUCUUUUCCAAGAUAUCCAGGAUGGACGUAUCCUCAUGGCUCUUCUGGAGGAGCUUUCAGGAUGCAAGCUGCUUCAUGGGUUGAAGAAGUCAUCCCAUCGAAUCUUCAGACUUAACAAUAUUGCCAAAGUCUUGUCUUUCCUUGAGGAGAGAAAUGUAAAGCUUAUCAGUAUUGAUGCUGCUGAUGUUGUGGAUGGAAACUCAUCCAUCAUCCUAGGACUUAUUUGGAACAUCAUUCUCUUCUUCCAGAUUAAGGAGUUGACUAGUAAUUUACGGAGCCAGUUUUCCUCUACCUCCAGUUUUUCAUCCAUACCGACCAGCACUCACCGAUCCAACUGCAACACGUCAAUGGCUGUAGGGCAGAUGGUGACCACAACCACAGAAGAACACAGCAGGCAGUUUAAAAAAUUGCUGCAGUGGGCACAAAAGCAAACCCGCAGGUACGGUAUUGCAAUUCAAGACUUUGGAAAGAGUUGGACAAGUGGUCUUGGUUUCCUUGCCAUCAUCAAAUCCAUUGACUCCAGCUUAGUAGACAUGAGGAAGGCCUUAAUGAGAAAUGCCAGAGAAAAUCUUGAGGAUGCAUUUAGGAUUGCCCACUACAGCUUGGGUAUCCCAUGCCUUCUGGAGCCGAAAGAUGUGACUAUCAGUGCACCAGACGAACAUUCCAUCAUGACAUAUGUAGCACAGUUCCUUGAGCACUUCCCUGCCAUAGAGGAGCAAAAAGAGCGUUAUCCACUAAUCAAAAGGAGUAUCUCUAUGGGACGACUCUGUAACCUUGACACCCAACAUUUAGGAAAUAGUGUUCAUAGCAGCAGAGUGAGAGAGCGGCGCAUCAUGUUCCAGAUGGACUGUGCACAACCUCCGCCCCAAAUCUUAUUUUCUUGUGUGUCAGAGAACAGAGGGUGCCUUCCACUGUCCAUUCAACCAGCAAUGUCUCGCAUAUGGUUUAGUGAAGACCUUUUACCUCAUUCCACCAGGUUGGAAGACAAUUUAAGGAGUGCAGAAGAAAAUGCUAAGGAAUCUACAGAAGAAAUCACAACCAACUUAACCAGUAACUCUCUUCAAUUAACACAUAGUAACUCUUUAUUUGACUCUAUGUUGCCCAAGUUAGUGAAAACUGAGUCUGUCAUGGGUGAUUCUGCUAUUAGCUUUCCAGAUUCCUGGGUGGAGAGUAAGGAUGGAGUUGUUCCAGUAAAAUGCUGUGAGAGUCAAAGUGAUUCCGCAACACAUUGUGAGAUGGACUGUGCAACCCAUGUGGAUAUUACUUGUUCUGAUGGAGUACCCGUCCCAGUUAAACAUGAAGUACCAGAUGGCCAGUCAGUUUCUGAGUCAUAUACUGUUGAAGGUAUUUUUUCACUAAACUGCAGGGAUGAUAUACAGGUGAAAGUCCAAGAAAAACAAAAAGAACAAAGGGAGUUGGGUUACAAGGGAGUUGAAGAAAAGAAAGAGGUAGAUUUCAAGAACCGGACCGAAUACAUUUUACCAACACAGUUGAGAAAACUUUCAUUGGAAAAUAUACAUGAGAACAAAGAUUUUAUGUUUCGACAGAUACAUGCAAAUUAUUCUCUUAAAGAUGAAGGACUUUCCAAGGGGGAACCUCCAGUUAGAAGAAGGUCAUCAUUUGGCGCUCAAGAGAGUGAUGAUAACCAAUUUCAUGCAUGUCCAAAAACUAAAAAGCAACUCUCUUCUCAGCAAGAACUUUCAGAGGUGUUAAGUGUUCCAUCAACUUCGAAUGAAGAACAGAAAUGUUUGAAGCAAGAUAUGGACCCUUUGGGGAAUUCACAGGUGGAUGAAAAAAUAACUGAUUCUCAAGAUGUCAAGGGACUUGAAUUGGAAAAUGAAUGUUACAAAACAGAUUGUAGAUACAAACAAAUGAGUGCAAAUUCUAUUGUGAAUUAUGAAGUAUUCCUUAUGGCCCACAAUGACAAAUGUGUGUCCGAUGCAGAUGACUAUCAAUUGGAAAGUGAUAAUACGAACCAAGACAAGUGCUUUAUCAAAACUGAACUGGAACCAUAUUACGACAAACAAAUUCAGCAGCAGGAUAGUGUUACAUCAAGAUCAUAUAAUCAGGGUUUCUUUAAGCAAUCUGAUUCAGAAGUUAAUGAAGGACAGUUUGAUUGUCAGAAAAGUCUCAUGAGGGUAAAUAUUGAUAAUGUAUUUCAGGUGGAAAAUGAAUGGGAGAAAUCAGUAUGUUCAUUGCAGGAUAGAAAACAGUCAGUAGAAAACUUUUUACCUCUUGAGGUGAUUUCAGAAAACCAAAAGGAAGUGAUUGGUUACUCAGAUCUACAAGCAAAGCUGAGCACAGAGAACCAAUAUGGAGAACUAAAAAUAAGUUCAAACUAUAACGCAGAAACUUAUUCUGUGAAUACAGAUAACAUGUCUCCAACUACCCAAAAAGCUGGACACCUAGUUGCCUCACAAAACACUUUUGAUUCAGAUAAUACUCAGCCCCAAGGUAAUAAUGGUGACUUAUGUUAUGAACCACCUGGUUCAUCCAUGAAAAUGAAUGCUUUUUCCACAGACUUCAGCCAAGCUAGUGACUUUGUCGAGCCUAUGGAUUUGUUUUGUCCAUACAAAGGGGAAGCCCUGUUUCCAGAGCCACAUGAUAAAAUGCAAAGCUGCCCAUCUGUUUUGAGUGUAACUGCCCUUGAGCAAGCUCCAGCUUCCGAGACUGUACCUGAAGAUCAACCACUUUAUCUGAUGGAUGAAGACUUUGUGAAGUUUUUAAAAGACGACAAGGUGAUGACUGACAUCAAAUAUAAGACUUUCAGCACAUCUGAACCAAAAAAACAGUGCCAAGGGCAUGUAGGGCAAAUCAAAGGAUUCAUAGGAAGUGUUUUUCCACCUGACUGCAGUGGUCUCAGUGAGACUCAGCAAGAUCGCCAGGGUUCUUCAGAGACUAUGAGGUGGCGUGAGAGCUGGGAGCCUUAUCUGCUGCUUGUACUGUGGCUGCUACUCUACUGCUUGUGGUUGUUGCCACAAAUGGAGCUGAAGACUUUGCCCAAUCUGCUCUUCAACAUCAACUAUUAAAGAUAUGCAUCCAAAUGAACACAUAUGCAAACACAGUCGUACACACACACACACACACAGUUUUAGCAGUUUUUACAAAAGUACAACCCCAAUUCCAAUUAACUUGGAACAUUGUAUUAAACAAAAAGAGAGAACCAUGAUUUACAAAUCAUGUUCAACCUGUCCAUCCAUCCAUUUUCUGAGCUGCUUAUCCUCACAAGGGUCACGGGAGUGCUGCAGCUUAUCCCAGCUAUCAUUGGGCAGGAGGCAGGGUACACCCUGAAAUGGUUGCCAGCCAAUUGCAGGGCACAUAGAGACAGGCAACAGUCGCACUCACAAUCAGCAAUUUAGAGUCUCCAAUUUAUUAAUCUGAUUAAUGUUGCAUGUUUUUGGGAUGUGGGAGGAAACCAGAGUGCCCAGAAAAAACCCAUGCAGGCAUGCGGAGAACAUGCAAACUCCACACAGGCGGGGCCAGGAUUGAACCCAGCUCCUCAGAACUCGGAGACCAAAGCUUUACAGCUGAGCCACCAUACCACAACAUGUUCAACCUAUAUUUAAUUGAUUUCAGUACAAAGACAAGAUAUUUAAUGUUCUUCUUAUUGCUCUUUGCAAAUUUUCAUCCAUCCUUUUUCUGAGCUGCUUACCGUCAGAAGGGGUCAUGGGAAUACUGGAGCCUAUCCCAGCUAUCAUCGGGCAGGAGGCAGGGUACUCUAAACUGGUUGCCAGGCAAUUGCAGGGCACAUGGAGACAGACAACAGUUGCACUCAACAUCACACCUAGGGGCAAUUUAGAGUCUCCCAUUAAUGCAUGUGUUUUGGGAUGUGGGAGGAAACCCACACAGGGGGGGAUGGGAUUUGAACCCCGUUCCUCAGAACUGUGAGGCCAACACGCUACAGCUGUGCCACCGUGGCACUUGUUUUUACUUAUCAGGUUUAAUUGUGCCUUCAUAGAUGGAUAGUUACCCAUGCCAUUGGCACUAACAACAUUGGACUCACGGGUGAAGAGAGGGGCGAAGGGGUCAACUGAUCACCACCUGGUGGUGAGUUAGCUCCAAUGGUGGAGGAAGAUUCCGGUCCAGCAUGGCAGGCCCAAACGUAUUGUGAGGGUCUGCUGGUCAUGUCUAAAAGAUUACCCUCUCAGAAGGACUUUCAACUCCCACCUCCGAAAGAGCUUUGCUUUUGUUCCAGGGGAGGCCGAAGACAUUCAGUCCGAGUGCAGGAUGUUCUGCGCCUCAAUUGCUGAGGUGCCUGACCGGAUCUGUUGGAAAUUGGAGACCAUGGCCCUCAGUCGGAAACAGUUGGUGUGCCGUCUCUGAGUCAGGGAUGAAAUUCUGCCUAAAGUGGAGUUCAGGUAUCUUGGGGUCUUGUGAGGGAAGAAUGGAGUGACAGAUUGACAGGCGGAUCGGUGCAGCAUCUGCUGUGAUGUGGAUUAGUCUGUUGUGGUAAAGAGGGAGCCAAGUAGAAAGGCGAAGGUCUCAAUUUACCAGUCGAUCUACGUUCCUACUUUCACCUCUGGUCACGAGCUGUAGGUCGUGUUCGAAAGAACAAGAUCCUGGAUACAAGCGGACAAAAUUAUGCUAACCAUGUUUCCUUUGCAGGGUGUCCGGGCUCCCGUUUGGAGAUAAGGGGGGGAAGCUCGGUCAUCUGGCAGGAGAUCAGUGUUGAGCCACUGGUCCUCUGCAUUGAGAGGAGCCAGAUGAGAUGGCUGGGGCAUCUGAUUUGGAUGCCUCCCGGACCCCUUCCUGGUGAGGUGUUCCGGGCAUGUCCGAGACACCGGGGAUGUCCUAGGACACACUGUUUCACGGCUGGCCUUGGAACGCCUCAGGAUCCCUCCUGAAGAGCUGCAUGAAGUGGCUGGGGAAAGGGAAGUCUCGGCCUCUCUGCUAAAGCUAUGGCCACCACAACCUGACCCGGACAAGUAGUAAAAGAUGGAUAGAUGGAUGUAAAAUGGCAUAGAAUAAACUAUUUUUCAGUUAUCAUUGCAAAUGUUGUUGCACAAUAACUCCAGUUUUGAGUCUUGGUGCCACUAGAUUAAUCGCAUUUCCAUAAAAAAUGAACAUUAGGACAGCUGUCACCAUUCUUCAAGUCCUGGUGGUAUGUAGUAUGACUUUGUAAUGUUAAAUAAAGUAUAAACAGUUACAGGGUCAAAUUCUAGUACUUUCAGAGCAUGCGGGGAUUUCCUGCCAAUUUUACCACCUAUUUUACAAGAACAACUGUCAGUUUUGUUGUAUGAAAAUGUUUCCUCUUGUGAUGUUUAUUUUGAUUAAACAAAUAUAAAGUCAAGACCAAAAUGUACAAAAGCUCGUUUAUUUUAUGUAUUUGAUUUUAAUGAGCAUUUGGCAGUGUCAGUGGUGGCCUUAAUGGGGCCCUGUGGCGCCCCAUAUUCAGAGCUUGGUCCUGAGUGGUGGGGAAAGUGAAUGUUUAAUGAUAUCCUUGCUCUGUGCAGAUUUCCGCACCAAAAUCAGCCAAGCAUGUGUUGUAUUUUUAUUGGCUAUUACUAUUACUAUUUUACUAUUAAAAGAACUUGGCAAUUUAUUUUUUUUUUUAAUGUCAAAUUGUGUACUGAGUAGUAUAAUAGGACAUUAGAGUCUCUGUCACUGCCAUGGCAAAUCCAAACCACAAUUGGCCAAUGAUAAUUUGACCUUUUGUGCUAGCUUUGGUAUUUAUAUGAAGUUGUGUGUGAUAUGUGAUAAAGUCUACUACACACUUAAAUGAUCAGUCAAAAAUGAGUUUUUGUUUUUCUUUUAAUUUUAUUUCAAUUGGAUCAUUUUUGUUGUGACUGUUUUUUAAGCAAAAAAAAAGUGUGUGUUUUAUUGUUUUGUGUUUAUAUAUCCCACUAUUGUUUUAGAGAUAUUUACAAUGGUUCAUUUGUGUGCUAAAUUACACAUCGGCAAAGAUGGAAGUACUGUACUGUACGUUUUCACCAAAUGAUAAAAAUACAGUAAAUUAGACUUUGUUUUUCACAGUUAUUUUAUCUUUUGGUUAAUCAUCAACAUUUAGGUUUAAGAGCUAUUUUUGCAUCAUGUGUCUUUAUACUAUCAGUGUAUUUGUAAGUUAAGUUGUUUGAAAUAAAGAUUACUUUUACCAUGGACCCAUACAUAUAAAAACCUUAUGUUUCUGGGCAGCUUUUGUCUUCUCCUUUGGCUAUCCUGCCAGAAGACACACGUCUCGUGUGCGCAGAUGCCUAGAUAAGACCCGGACGUCUGUAUUGCACAUUCCUUUGUAAUAAAUCCAU